AUAAAAAAAAGAGCCAUGGAUUCAAUCAAGUCUUUCAAGGGCUAUGGAAAAAUAGACGAGGCCGAAGAGCGAGCUUUCAAGAAAAAGACACGAAGGCGUCUCAUCGUCCUCGUUAUCUCCAUUAUCGUGCUGCUAGCCGUUAUCAUUGGCGCUGUUGCGGGGACUCUGAUACACAAGAGAAACAACUCGUCUUCCCACAAUGUACCCCCAACUGAUUUGACUCCGGUGGCUUCAUUAAAGGCGGUUUGCGGCGUGACUGAGUACCCACUUUCCUGCUACUCCAGCAUAUCUUCCAUUGCAUCCUCAAACGCUACUGACCCAGAGAUCCUCUUCAAGUUGUCUCUGAAAGUUGUUAUCGACGAGCUCGCUAAGUUGUCUCAAUAUCCCAAGAAGUUACAAGCUGAAACCGAUGACCUCCAGGUGAAACAUGCUUUAGAUAUAUGCGGAUCCCUGUUUGAUGACGCGUUGGAUCGACUCAAUGACUCGGCAACUUCCCUGGAAGUCGGGGAAGGAGAGUCGGUAUUGUCGGAUUCCAAGAUCAAUGACUUGAAGACUUGGCUAAGCACAACGAUAACUGAUCAAGAAACAUGCUUAGACACCCUGGAGGAACUGAACACUACAGAGCACUUCAACGCCACACUUGUCCAAGAACUCAGAGCCGCCAUGCAGAACUCAACUGAAUUUGCCAGCAACAGUUUGGCCAUCGUUGCUAAAAUCCUGGGUUUGUUGACUGAUUUCAAUAUUCCGAUCCACCGUAGGCUGCUUGGGAUUGCAUCUUCAGAGUUCCCAGCUUGGAUUCAUCCCACUGAAAGGAGACUGUUGCAGGAGUCCAAGCCUACACCAAAUGUAAUUGUUGCUCAAGAUGGUUCUGGUCAUUUCAAGACAAUUAACGAGGCGGUGAAAUUGAUCGGAAAGAAGAACGAAUCUAGAUUUGUUAUAUAUGUGAAGGAAGGCAAGUAUGUAGAGAAUGUGAUCCUGGAUAAACACAAGUGGAAUGUCAUGAUUUACGGUGAUGGCAAGACUAAGACUAUAAUUUCCGGCAGCAAAAACUUUGUUGAUGGAACUCCCACCUUUGAUACAGCAACUUUCGCUGUGGCAGGAAGGGGAUUCAUCGCAAAAGACAUAGGGUUCGAAAACACAGCAGGUGCAGCUAAGCACCAAGCAGUAGCUAUGCGGUCCCAAUCCGAUCGCUCGGUAUUCUACCGCUCUGCAUUCGAUGCCUACCAGGAUACGCUCUAUGCUCAUUCCAAUCGUCAGUUUUACAAAGAAUGUGACAUUUUGGGCACGAUUGACUUCAUCUUUGGGAAUGCAGCGGUAGUGUUCCAAAGCUGCAACAUCAUGCCAAGGCAACCACUGCCUAACCAGUUCAACACCAUCACAGCUCAAGGCAAAAAUGACCCAAACCAAAACGCUGGCAUUUCAAUCCAAAAGUGUACAAUAUCUGCAUUCGGCAACCUUACUACCAAUACUUAUCUUGGUAGGCCAUGGAAAGAGUAUUCCACCACUGUUAUUAUGCAGUCUAGCAUUGGGCCGUUCUUGAACCCUGUGGGAUGGAGAGAAUGGGUUACUAAUGUUGACCCACCAAGCACAAUUUUCUAUGCAGAAUAUCAAAAUACUGGGCCGGGAUCAACCGUGGAUAAAAGGGUGAAAUGGGCAGGUUAUAAGUCCACUCUCUCGGAUGCUGACGCUGGGAAGUUCACAGUGGCUACGCUUAUACAAGGCCAUGAUUGGCUGCCUGAUGCUACUGUAUCUUAUGAACCGGCUUUAUGAUUUCAUAACCGAGUCAAGGUUGGGGUUAAGUUCCAAGAUCAAAUACUAAGAUGAUGGUUUUUUUACCCUUU